UGACGUCACAUCCUGGCGACGGGGGGAGAGAGCGAGACGCGCGCCGGUCCUCGACCUCCCCCCAGAGAGGAGCCGCCAGCGAGGAGGAGGAGGAGGAAGAAGAGGAGGAGGAGGAAGAGGAAGGGGCCGCCGCCGCCCAGCAGGAGCCGACCACCCGCAAAAUACAGUUAGGGCCGUUGCUCUGCCCCCUGAGGCUGCUGCACUGUGGCCACGGAGGACGAAGCGGAGUCCGGAGCAGACAGGCAGCUGGAAGCCAUGGCUCGCCCGCUGUGUGCCUGGCAGCUCAAGCCCUGAUGCACAUUCUUAACAAUGGACGGAGCCUCCUGUGCCUGCCGUUGUGAAGCUGCACAGCAUGCGGAACAUGGAGAGUAAGGGGAAGCUCAUCAACAAAGAGGAGGAAGACGAGAUGGAGAUCUUUGGCUACAGCCUUUGCCGCUGGAAGCUGGCCUUGGCCGCGGUGGGGGUGCUCUGCACGGGCGGCUUCCUCCUCCUCCUCCUCUACUGGAUGCCCGAGUGGCGGGUGAAAGCGACGUGCCGGAGGGCUCCCCUGCGAGGCUGCAGAGUGGUGCUGCUGAGGACGACCGAUGAAUUCCGGGUCUGGUUUUGUGCCAAGGUCCGCGUUGUGCUUUCCUUGGGACCGACUCCAUUGCAGACCCCAACGCAUGUGGCCGAGAAGAUGGCCAACGGGUGCGAUGGCCACGUGUGCGUCAGCCCUCCGGAAGAGGACGGCGAGGACCGGAAGAGAUGCUCCCAGGCUCAUCGGGAAGAGGUCCGCUAUUUCACCCACCACAGCGUGAAGUAUUUCUGGGAUGAAUCGGAGCAGAGCUUUGGCUCCCUCAAGGGCCUGGACGAGGCCACUCCCUGCUCUGCCAUCCACACGGAGCACAGCGCAGGGCUGACGAAGGAGAGGCAGGACUACAGAAAACUCUUCUACGGAGUCAAUGAGAUAGCUGUGAAGGUGCCUUCUGUCUUUAAGCUGCUGAUUAAGGAGGUGCUCAACCCUUUUUACAUUUUCCAGCUGUUCAGUGUGAUCUUGUGGUGCACAGAUGAAUAUUACUACUAUGCAGCAGCGAUUGUGAUCAUGUCUCUGAUCUCCAUUGUGAGCUCGCUUUACACCAUCCGGAAGCAAUACAUGAUGCUGCACGAUAUGGUGGCUGCCCACAGCAUCAUCCGGGUGUCAGUCAGCAGAGCCAGCCAAGGCAUAGAGGAGAUCCUUUCCACGGACCUUGUGCCUGGAGACGUCAUUGUGGUCCCCCUGAACGGGAUGAUCAUGCCCUGCGAUGCAGUGCUGAUCAGCGGAACCUGCAUUGUGAACGAAAGCAUGUUGACAGGCGAAAGCGUCCCUGUCACAAAGACCAACCUGCCCAACCCCACAGAGGACUCCCGGGCCCCAGGGGGGGAGCUCUACAGCCCGGAGGGGCACCGGAGGCACACCUUGUUCUGUGGCACGACCGUCAUCCAGACCCGCUUCUACACCGGAGAGUUGGUCAGAGCCGUCGUGGUCAGGACAGGCUUCAGCACUUCAAAAGGGCAGCUGGUCCGCUCCAUCUUGUAUCCGAAGCCGACGGAUUUCAAGCUCUACAGAGAUGCCUACAUGUUCUUGCUGUGCCUCGUGGGAGUGGCAGGGGUUGGGUUUCUGUACACAGUGGUCAUCAGCAUUCUGUACCAGGUUGAGGCCAGCACCAUCAUCAUCGAGUCGCUGGACAUCAUCACCAUCACGGUCCCUCCGGCACUUCCUGCUGCAAUGACUGCUGGGAUAGUUUACGCUCAGAGGCGGCUGAAGAAAGUUGGGGUCUUCUGCAUCAGCCCUCAAAGGAUCAACAUUUGUGGCCAGCUGAAUCUUGUGUGCUUUGAUAAGACAGGCACCCUGACGGAAGACGGCCUUGAUCUCUGGGGGAUGCAGAGGGUGGAGCAGGCCCACUUCCUUUUGCCAGAAGAAAGCCCCUGCCACCCGAGCCUGGUCAAGUCUCCCUUCGUGGCAUGCAUGGCCACCUGCCACUCGCUGACCAAGAUUGCAGGCGUCCUCUCGGGAGACCCGCUGGAUCUGAAGAUGUUCGAAGCCACCGGAUGGAUUCUCGAAGAAGCGACCGAAGAGGAGACCGCCCUUCACAAUCGCAUUAUGCCAACGGUGGUCCGGCCCCCCAAGCAGCUCCUUCCAGACCCCCAACCUGCAGCCAAUGAAGACAUGGAGCUGUUUGAGCUUUCGGCCAGUUACGAAAUAGGCAUCGUACGGCAGUUUCCCUUUUCCUCCGACUUGCAACGGAUGUGCGUCGUGGUGAGAGCCCUGGGGCAGAAGAGGAUGGACGCCUACGUGAAGGGGGCCCCGGAGGCGGUUGCUGGGCUCUGCAAGCCGGACACAGUGCCCCUGGAUUCGGAGCGAGUGCUGGAGGAGUACACGAGGCAGGGCUUCCGAGUCAUUGCGCUCGCGCACCGAAGGCUUGCCUCCAGGCUGACCUGGCAUAAGGUCCAGAACAUUGGCCGAGAAGCCAUUGAGGGCAACAUGGACUUCUUGGGGUUGAUCGUCAUGCAGAACAAGCUCAAGCAAGAGACCCCGGCCGUCCUGGAAGACUUGCGUCGGGCCAAGAUCCGCACCGUCAUGGUGACAGGAGACAACAUGCUGACCGCCAUCUCUGUGGCCAGGGACUGCGGGAUGAUUCUCCCUCAGGAGAAGGUGAUCAUUGCUGAAGCACUUCCCCCCCGGGACGGACAGACGGCCCGGAUCAACUGGCACUAUGCAGAUGCUCUUGCUAAACCCACAGAGUCCGCCCCAGCCAUUCACUCGGAGGAUAUUCCUAUUAAGUUGUCCCACGAAAGCCUUGAGGAGCUCCAGCCGACCAAAUACCAUUUUGCCAUGAAUGGGAAGUCGUUUGCCGUGAUCCAGGAGCAUUUUCAGGAUCUUGUCCCAAAGCUGGUGCUCCACGGCACGGUGUUUGCUCGCAUGGCGCCCGACCAGAAGACCCAGCUGGUGGAGGCCCUGCAGGACGUUGAUUACUACGUGGGCAUGUGUGGCGACGGGGCCAACGACUGUGGGGCACUGAAGCGGGCCCACGGCGGCAUCUCCCUGUCGGAACUGGAGGCUUCGGUGGCUUCGCCCUUCACCUCCAAGACGCCCAGCAUCUCCUGCGUGCCCAGCCUCAUCAGGGAAGGCCGCGCGGCCUUAAUCACUUCCUUCUGUGUCUUCAAAUUCAUGGCCUUAUACAGUAUUAUCCAGUAUGUCAGCGUCACCCUGCUGUACUCGAUCCAGAGCAAUUUGGGAGACUUCCAGUUCCUCUUCAUUGACCUCACCAUCAUCCUGGUGGUGGUCUUCACCAUGAGCCUGAACCCCGCCUGGACCGCGCUGGUGGCGCAGAGGCCGCCCUCCGGGCUCAUCUCGGCACCGCUCCUCUGCUCGGUGCUCUCCCAGAUCCUCAUCUGCCUGGGCUUCCAGACCCUGGGGUUUCUGUGGGUCAGGCAGCAGCCGUGGUAUGAGGUCUGGACCCCCCACUCGGAGGCCUGCAGUGGGUCGCGAGGCGCCAACGCUUCGCCGGCCGCCAACGGGAGCCUCCCCAGCGCCGACGAGCACAACAUCCGCAACUACGAGAACACCACGCUCUUCUUCCUCUCCUGCUUCCAGUACCUCAUUGUGGCGGUGGCCUUCUCCAAGGGGAAGCCCUUCCGGCAGCCCUGCUACAGGAACUACCUGUUUGUGACCUCGGUGACGGUCCUUUGUGCCUUCAUGCUCUCCAUCAUGCUGCAUCCGACGGCGUCCAUUGACUGGUCCCUCGAGCUGGUGUGCGUGCCUCCCCCCUGGCGGCUCACCAUCCUCCUCGUGGUCGUCCUCAACGCCUUGGUCUCUGUGCUGGUGGAGAAUGUCCUCCUUGACAUGGUCCUUUGGAAAGUUGUCUUCAAUCGAGACAAGCCCGGGGGAAACCGCCCAGCCUCCUCCUCCUCUUCUUCCUCCUCCUCCUCCUCCUCCCACCCGCCACAGGAGGCGCUGGACGGCUGGCGCGGGCGCCCCCGCCCCACCCUGCUUGGCUGUCGGAAGAAGCCCCCCCAAGCCAAGUAUGUGCACUUGGCCCAGGAGCUGCUGGUGGACCCCGAGUGGCCCCCCAAGCCCAGCACCACCACGGAAGCCAAAGCGGGCCCCCCCCACGGCAACGGCGCCUGCCAGAUCGUCACCCUCACGUAGCAGCGGGCGGCCUGGCCCGUGGGGAGCGUGGCCAUUCCAGGCUGCCGGCCUGGGCCCACCGCUCCGCCGCUCUCCGGGGCCGGGGGGAGAAGAGCCCGCCGGGCAGAGGGGGCUCCUGUGUGGGGCUCCUCCUCCUCCUCCUCCGUCCCACGGGCUGCCCUCCCGAGUGCCCCGAGACGCCCCCUGUGGAGCCUUGUGGGGGGGGCAGCCCAGGCCUGUGCUCCGCUGGACCCGCCCGCACAGCCGCCUCCCGCCGGCUCUCCACCCCCAGCGCGCCCGGCUCUCUGGAUCUCUUCGCCCCGACUCUUACCCGCCCGGCCCUCCGGGGCAGUGAUUGGGACCUCACCCACGAAAGCUCUCCCGGCGGUUGCCUCCUUGGGGCUGUGGGCAGCCCUUCCGUGGCUUGAGGACGUCUUCGGAAGGAACCGGCUGUGCCUGCCGUGGGACGUGGACAAAUACAAGACCUGCAGCAACCGGGGGGGGGGAGGGGGAGGAGCAAAUGGGGGUACUGAGAAGCCGGGGGGGGGCACUCCUUGGAACACCCACGCUCUGUCUGUCUCCCCCCCCGCCCCCCACGUGUGAAACUGUUUCAGGCCCCAUGCUGCGCACACACAGCUCGGAGAGGCGGGGGUGGGCUCUGUCGUCAAGGCGAGGUGGGGGCUGCGCUAGGCCUUGGGCCCCACUCCCUGGGGCGGUGGCCUCUCUUGGGCCCCACAGAGCUGGGCUGCCUUUCUUCUGCCACAUGAUACCUCACCAGCAGGACCGCAGCCCCCCCCCUUCCACGGUGGGAGUCUGGGCUGGGCCCCCGCCCUCCCCGGCGGGCUCCUCCCAGGGACCUUUCUGCCCGGGCAAUGCUGCUGCCCCUGGCUGGGCCAGGGCUGCAGGGCAGGGCUCCUCCGGGCCCGCUGGUGCUUCCUCCCCCAGGCCACGCUUCCCCCAUGGUGCUAAGUGCUUCACGGGGCUGUUGGGUGGGGGGCACACCCAUUGGGGUCUUGCCAUAUUGUAGAUCCAUAGGAAGGAGGAGGAGGAGGUCACGAAGCUAUGCAUCCUGGGACCUGGGCACUGUGACUUGCAACCACCUCAUGGAAGAGCGUGUGGGUGUGUGUGUGUGGGGGGGGGAAACAUGUCUUUCAAGCAGGAGCGACUCAUCCUGAGGAACCGGAGGGGGGGGCUGGGGGCGCCAAAAGUGGCCCGGCUGCUUCUGCUUCCCGGAGCUCCUUCCUUGGCUCCUUUCUCCUGCUCUGCCCUGCCCAGCCCCUGUGUUGAGAGCCACGCUGUGUGUAUCUCUACCUGAUGAAUGCCAGCCUGCAUGCAGGGUGGGGUGGGGGAGAGGAGCAAACAGAGCUCUGAGAAGCAGAGCCAGCUGUGUGUCUUCUGCAUCCCCCCCCCCGCCUGACUCCUGCUGCUUGUGCCACCCCACCCCCCGACUUCCAGGAAGCCGAAAUUGGAGAGCCGAGGUCCCCGGAUCUGGGGGGCUAAAAGCCUGUAACCGUCUGGAGGAGGGAGGGGAGUGGUUGGGGCUGGGGCCAGGUGUGCAUCUGAGGGUGUUGCUUUGCAUUAACUCUUCACCUCCAGGGCCUUCCCCAAAAUUUGGACAGAGGGGGGGCUGGCCAUCUGGGCUCCUCUGCGGGACAUUCUUGAAAGGCAAGUGGAGAUGGCCUCUGGACCACUCAGCCAGUUUCUCCGUUGAUGAUUGAUUGAUUUGUAUUAAAAACAAAACACCACCAAGCCACCCAUCCUCUCUGUGAAACUUUCCUUCAAAGUUUGUGAGUUCAGGUCAGGGAUUCUCAGACUUGGGUCCUCGGGUGUUAUUGGACUUCAACUCCCAUAAUCCCCAGCCUCAGUGGCCGCUGGUUGGGGAUUAUGGGAGUUGAAGUCCAAUAACACCUGAGGACCCAAGUUUGAGAAUCACUGGUUCAGGUGAGCAGAACGAUUUCAUGGGCUCUGGAGAGUUCCUGGUUUUCCUCUUCGGCUGUAAAGUCUGGAUUUGGAGUUCCUUCUUAAAUUAUUUGAGUGUUAUGCGGACCUAAAAUCAGAAUGUCUUUUUGGCAUGUUGGGAUUGUAAAUACGGCCAAUUGAAUAUUUUAUUAUUUUUAUUAUUAUUAUUUAUGAACAUACCUAAAGGACUGGCUUGCCUGAGAAGAGGGCAAGUGGGUUAAGUGAUACGUGAUUCUUUUUAAAAAGCUGUUUUAAAAUAAAUCGCCAGAUCUUUUAAAUGAUAUAUCCCUCAGGGUUAUUUUUAAAGGUUUCUUCUUCUUCUUCCUCUGCCUGUCUCAGAUGAUUAGUGAGUGAUCGCUGUGAGAUUGUUGUGCAUCCCGUGUCUGUCUGUCUUGGCAAGGAGGAGAGCACAUGUCCUUCUCUCCCUGUGAGGAGCCUGUUCGGGGAAACCCAGGCCACAGUUUCUGCUGCACACGUUGUGACUCCGCACUCUUCUGGAGAUGGGGACAUGGUCCAACUUCAGUGGCAAUUAGGACGAUAAAGCUCGGAAUCCAGACAGCAGCACACAAGGAUGCCCUCUGAUAAUCUUAUUGCCAUCUGCUGGCAACCUGUAGCCAUCUGGGAAUAGGCUCUGCUUUCCCCCCAAGAGCAAACAAGAGGAGCUUGAAAAGGCACCGUGUAUUUGCAGAUUCCUGCAGAUCGCCAGCAGAUGGCACGAAGAAGAAUAUUACGCUGCGUCUUUCUAGGUCCUAUGGGUUGCUUGUUGCUGUAAUUUGCCCUGGUUGGGAUGUCUCCCUGCCUGGAAGAGCCUCUGCUGGAUGGGACAGUGUGCGGGGAGACCUCCCUCCCUCCCUUUUGCAGCUGUGGAAAGCCGAGGUUUCUCCUUCAGGGUCGAGUUGAUGUGGGGAGGAGACUCUCUCUUUGGCAUAUUAGAGCACUAAAAUUCUACUGUAAAAAAAUGCUGCAUUUAAUGCUUGACUAGAAGGUGACAACGGCCACUGCUAAACAAAGAUGUUGAUUUCUUUUGUAAUUUUGAAACUGAAAAAAAUUGCACUUGGGGUUGGUUUUUAUUUUUAUUUUUAAUUUUUAAAUUUAUGUUCUCUAGUGGGGAGUGCUUAUGAAGACUGCUGACCAGAGCACUCUUAACUGGAUGUGGUUAAUCUACUGUAGUAUUAUGUCCUGUAUGUACAGUAUUCCUAUUAAAGAGAUGACAAACUUUUCCCUUU